AUGGCUGACGACUGUGACGACUCGUUUGGACCAUUUGCCACUAACUGCACCGCUCACCGGUUCGACUUCACCCUGAAGUUCGAGCAGUCUAUACUUACCAUUGCCCCGUGUGCGCUCUUUCUGACUUGCGCAAUCGCUCGCCUCGGCCUUCUUCUUCGCGAGUCACCCAAGGUCAAACGCCAGUCGUGGUACCAUGCUAAGACCGUCGCAUAUGCGUGUUUCAUUGCUCUCCAAUUAACCUCGUUGGUGCUGUGGUCCAAAAAGACCAGACUCUCAGGCUCGGUCUCCGUCGCCGCAGCUGUCUUCACUUUCGUGGACAGCAUCGCCCUAGCCGUACUUGGUGUCCUCGAGUUCAGUCGCUCCGUCCGCCCGCCUACCAUUAUCCUUGUAUACCUAGUCUUCUCAACUGCCUUCGACUCCGCGCAGUGCCGUACCCUGUGGCUGAUAGGAGAGCGUGUCGCAGCGUCUGUUUACACAGCAGGACUUGCUGCCAAGCUCUUGAUCUUGCUCCUGGAGCUGCAAGAAAAGCGCAGCUUUCUCCUGCCGCCAUGGAACAGACUCAACCCGGAGAGCACAGGCAGCAUUAUCAAUAGGAGUCUGUUUUGGUGGCUGAACAGGCUUCUCAUCCGUGGGUUCCGCGCGACAUUGUCCGGGCAGUCGCUCUAUGAUACCGAUGCUGCUUUGAAGUCCAGGCGCUUGCUCUCCAAGAUUCAAGAAGCUCGCAGAAGUUGGGCCACUCCAAAGUUCAGACUUGUGCAGCGACACAGGCUGCUCACAGGCUUCGCUCUUGUUGGUGCCACGGCCUUGGUAUAUAUUAGCUUGGCGAUUUCCAAGGGCUUCUACCAACAUCAGCUCUUCCGUUCUUUGACCAUGGUUCGAGGUGCUCUCGUCUCUUUGGUCUAUUCACACACGCUUAGCGCACCCGCCAUCUCCUCGAGCGCUGAUGCCACACCGAGGGCACCCAACUCUGCAUCAUUGACCCUGAUAGGACCUGAUGCAGCAGCCAUCACAAGCGCGCUCGAGGCAAUACAUGAAAUAUGGGCUAAUCCUAUCGAGAUAAUAUUGGCAAUCUGGCUGCUCUCGAGAGAGCUGGGCCCUGGCUCGGUCGGUCCGAUGGGACCUGCAAUGAAGGAUUGGACCGUGGCCAUACAGGCUAGAAUCAGCUCAACCUCCGAAGUGCUUACUCACGUUCGAGAGAGUAAGAUGCUUGGCACUAUUCCCUACUGGUUGGACCACAUAAGCGAACUCCGAGUCUUCGAGCUUCACAAGUCAAAGAAGUUUCGCACUCUCAUCGCGUACAUGAACAUGCUUGGCAACGCACCUACGGCCCUUUCGCCAAUAGUUACUUUCGGUAUUGCCUUGGCUGUCCAAAGUAGAUCUGGUGAUCAGCUCGAUCUUACGACAGCUUUUACAUCUCUUUCCAUCAUUGGCCUCAUCGUGGCACCCCUGUCGCAUCUUCUCUAUGCCGUCCCCUUAUUUGCCAGCUGUCUAGGUUCCUUUGACAGGAUUAAUUCCUUUACCGACCACAACAAGUCUGAUCAAAGGAAGACUUUGACUCGCUCCGAUAACCCUGGCGAGCUCUCAGAUAUUGGGCUUUCCAUCCUGAGCCCUCGAUCAGGGCAACACGCCAUCGAGGUCACACAAGUUUCGUUCAGAGUGCCAGGACAAAAUGAGCCGAUCCUGAAGGACUUGACGUUUUCUGUUAAGCACGAUUCCCUAACUGUUGUCACUGGGCUCAUUGGCUCUGGAAAAUCUAUGCUUCUUCUUGGUCUUUUAGGCGAGUUAGACACCAGUGGUGACCUGAGGCUCUCUUCAUCCAGUGUGUCGUACUGUUCCCAGCAAACAUGGUUAGUCAAGGGCUCUAUCAAAAGGAACAUCGCCGGUCCUGAAACUAGCGACGUCGAUGAGGAUUGGUAUAGAGCCGUCACGAAAGCCUGUGCGCUGACAAGAGACAUCGAAAUGCUCCCCUUGAAGGACCUGACGAAUGCCUUGGAUCUUAGUGGCGGUCAAAAGCAGCGUGUUGCCCUCGCACGAGCGCUGUAUGCUCGAAGGAAAAUAUUGAUUGCGGAUGAUGUCUUUGCGAGUCUUGACCCAGAUACACGCCACCAUGUUUGGUCUCAGGUUUUCGGUCCUGCCGGAUUAUUGCGUCGAAUAGGUUGUACGACUAUUCUCGCCACUCACCUUCGUAAGUUGCUGCUUCACAGGGACGUUGAUCAAAUUAUCAUCCUAGAUCAAGGCCGUAUUACUCAUCAAGGCCCAUCUGCUGUGGUCCAGAACGCCGCUAUUGCCCGAAAAGCAGUCAAAACCGCAGAAUCCCUUGGCCCGUCUGACUUUACAGAGCGUAUCGAGGGCGAGAAUACCACAGUAACCAAGCCUCAACCAAAGGACGAAGAUGAACAGGAAGCAGAGGACCUUGCUACGACGAGCGACUCGUCACUCUAUCUAUUUUAUUUCCAGUCCAUCGGGUUGAAGUUUGGCCUGGCAGUAAUCUGCUUGGCUAUAAUACCUGUUUUUCUCUCACAGUUUACGCGUGAAAAGACGACACGUAUAGCCAUGAUAUUGGUACUAACGGGCUUUGCAGAGAUCUGGCUCAAAUGGUGGACCGAGUCAAGAACAGAGAGCUCAAAUAACCGCAUGUACUAUGGGGUGUAUACGGCCCUGCUAUGUGUCCAUAUCCUAACUAUAGGUAUUGACUGCUGGGCACCUAUGCUAUUCUUCUAUCGCAUGGAUACCGGGGACUUAAUUAAUCGAUUCACUCAAGACAUGACCCUCGUCGACCGCGAGCUCCCUACGGCUAUGUACACCACUCUGUCAGCCUUUCUUGCCUGCAUUGGCGAGUUCAUCCUCAUUAUGAUCGGCUCCAAGUACCUGGCGGCAUCGUUGCCCGUUGCUCUUAUCAUUCUGUACGCUUUACAGAAGUUCUACCUCGCUACUUCUCGGCAACUCCGUAUUCUAGACUUGCAAGCCAAAGCGCCACUAUACAGGCAACUUCUUGAGACAAUCGACGGCCUCGCAACGAUCAGGGCCUUUCGCUGGCAAAAUGUGAUGGAGCAAGAGUCCUUGGACCUUCUGGAUCUUUCUCAACGACCUCACUACCUGCUUCUGUCCGUCCAGAGGUGGUUAACGCUGGUACUUGAUCUUCUCGUUACCGCUUCUGCUGUCCUCUUAGUCCUAUUCGCGGUAAUAACCCAGUCGACCUCUCCCGGCUAUUUAGCCGUUGCGAUGUAUACCGUAAUAGGCUUCAGUGAAUCACUUUCCAAUCUCCUGAUGUCAUGGACUGCCUUGGAAACUUCGCUUGGUGCUAUUUCUCGCCUCAAGAUAUUUGUCAAGACGACCCCGCAGGAAUCCGAGCCUUUGCUGAAAGAUCAAGUUCAUCCCCCACCUAGCUGGCCAUCUGUGGGUGAGAUAUCAUUGCAGGGUGUUCAAGUCCGAUACAACCUAACGGAACAGGAUAGCUCAACUCCUCCGGUCCUGGACAUUGCAUCUCUCAAGAUUUCUUCAGGUCAAAAAGUCGCUAUCUGCGGUCGUACCGGCAGUGGCAAGUCUUCCCUCCUAGCGACAUUGCUUAAAAUGGUCGAUUACACGGGUACGAUACGAAUCGACGACGUGGACAUUGCCAACAUUUCAACUGGGGAGCUACGCUCUAGGCUAAACGUGAUCUCACAGCAUCCCAGACUGUUUCCUGGAACCUUCCGCUCAAAUCUAAUUCUCCCCAAUCAACAAACCACUAGCAGUAAUGCCGCAGCACGCCGCUUGCCACCAACGGACGAAGAAAUAAUUAAUGUGCUAGAAAGGCUUUCGCUUUGGGAAACGAUUCAAAAGUUUGGCACGCUCGACACAGACGUGGGGAACAUUUCGCUUUCCUUGGGCCAGCAACAGCUGGUGUGUCUAGCGAGAGCGAUUCUGCGCAAGUCGGAGAGCAGGAUCUUGAUAUUAGACGAGGCUAUGAGUGCCGUGGAUAGAGAGACGGAGAGGAUGAUGGUGGAGGCCCUGGAAAGGGAGUUUGCGGAACACACGGUGCUGUCCGUGGUUCACCGCCUGGAUACUAUUAGGAAUUAUGAUACCCUUCUGGUGCUGGAUAUGGGGAAGAUAGUGAAGUUCGGGUCGCCUGAGGACCUGAUCGAUGAGGGUGGGAGGCUAGUCAAUGCUUAA